AUGACUACUUCCUUUCGACGACCGUCGCGUAGGUCAGGCUUUCCUUUGCUCUGGCUCGCCGCGGUCCUCCUGCUGCUCUGCCAGCCAACACACGCCAUCAAGUUUGCUGUACAAGCCGCCCGCUUUCCUGCAGCGAAAUGCAUAUGGAACGCAGCACAUCCAGGCGCACUUGUAAUCCGGAAUGUAUACCUCAGCAAGAAGAAUAUCAGCGGCGAGAAACGUUUCGCCAUCACCGCACAUUCAGACGAAGACGUGGGGGUCUGCUUCCGCAACUAUUUGGAUCCUGGCAAGCAAGGCGGUCCUGUGGAGGCGAAGCCGCGCUCGAGGGUGAUAGACUUGGACAUUGACAUUGGCGCGGAUGCUGUGGAUUACAAUGCCAUAGCGAACCAGGAGUCUUUGUCCGGGCUGGAGACGGAGAUGCGAAAGCUCGAGGGGGUCGUAAAAGAGAUUGUCGACGAGAUGGACUACCUCAAGUCACGAGAGGAGCGUUUCCAAACGACGAAUAUGUCGACGAAUACUCGCGUGCAGAACUUUGCGUGGUUCACCCUGUUCUCUCUGGUCGCAUUGGGACUCUGGCAAAUCUUCCACUUACGGGCGUUCUUCAAGCGGAAAUAUCUCAUAGAUUGA